AUGAAUCCACUCUUACUUAUUGCAUUUGUGGAGAAGGACCCCAAGCUGGCCGAGCCCGUGCUGCUGCAGCUGCUCAAGUUCUGGCCCCUCACAAACAGCCAGAAGGAGGUGCUCUUCCUCGGGGAGCUGGAGGAGAUCCUGGAGCUGACUCAGCCGGCGGAGUUCCAGCGCGUGCUGGUGCCCCUCUUCCGCCAGCUGGCGCGGUGCCUCACCAGCGCCCACUUCCAGGUUGCGGAGCGCUCCCUGUUCCUGUGGAACAACGAGUACAUCGUCAGCCUCGUGGCGCAGUUCAGGCACGACGUGCUGCCCAUGCUGUUCGGACCCCUGCAGGAGAAUGCGGCCAACCACUGGAAUCCUGCAGUCCACGGCCUCACACUCAACGUCCGGAAGAUGUUCCAGGAGCUGGACGACCAGCUCUUUGAGGAGUGCCGGCAGCACUGGGAGGACGAGCAGCAGCAGCAGCGCGCGCGCGACGACGCGCGCCAGCGGCAGUGGGGCGACGUGGCGCGGGAAGCGACGAAGGCCGCCGCAGCCCGCGGCAUGCCCAACGGGGCGGUCGGCAGCGGCAGCGAAACAUAUACCCCGCUGUUGCCGCCGGAAACCCUCAGCCUCCGGCGCGCCGAGCGCGGGCGGGCGGGCGGCGGCGGGGAGCGUCGCGCCGCGCCCCAUUCGCCAUUGCCUCCGUCGCAGCGGCGGCCGAAUAUUGAUGGUGAAUAG